AUUUUAUUUCACUUAGAAUUUUUAAUUCCCUCGGAGAUUUCAUUUUUCAUUAUUUUAUGAAGAAAAAACAUUCUCUAAUGGAACCACACUUUUACUGUUUGAUUAUAUCAUUCAAAAAACACUAAUCAUCAAUCUUUUUAGAACUAGAAUUUACAUAAUUCAAUCUCUAUCUUUACAGGGGAUCUUAUACGUUAUUACACCCAGACAAUUUUUAGAUGAUUUUCUUAGAAUGAGUGCAAUAUGCUCUCAUCAAAGAUAAGGAGCUAGACAAGAGUUAUGCAACAUAAGAACAGAGUAUGUAAGAAACAGCAACUGAGCUUCAGUGACCACUUCAUGAAAUUUGAGCAACAUGUUAAGUAUGUGGAUUUUGGUGUAUUGUUUAUUGCACUGCGAGGUUAAAACUACUUUGGCAUUUAAACGCCAGGAACAUCCAGAAUAUAUGCUUUUUGAAAAACUCUUCAAUGAUAAUGUGAACAAGUACAAUCCGAAUGUGCGACCAACACUAGAUUGCGACAAACCGAUCACUGUUAAUGUUUCCGUCAACUUAGUAACGCUACAUUCGUUGAUAGAGAGGUCCCAAACUCUUCGGACUACUGUGUGGAUUGACUUGGAAUGGACAGAUCUACAAAUGACUUGGAACCGCAGCCUUUUUGCUAAUAUUGACUCAAUUGUUGUUCCUCAAGAAAAAAUCUGGAUACCAGAUAUAUGUAUUUCAAAUGAAGUUACUAACAACAAGUGUUUGAUAAAAUCAGAGAAUGGAAAAUCACUGAUUGACUAUACGGGCAAGGUCACACUGUGGUGGAAUAGGGAGGUGCAGACGGGAUGUGAUGUGGACAUCAGCCGAUACCCUUUUGAUAGCCAAGUGUGCCCCAUUCGUAUUGGAACUUGGUACUCAGAGGAUGAGAAAGUUAAGCUAACACCAAAGUUCGAUAACAUAGACUUUAGUAACUAUGUCCUCAGUGAAGAAUGGGACAUUGUUAGCUCAAGCAUUAAAACAGUUCUCGUAGAAAACGACAAACAUUUCACUGAGCUGGAGUUCUUCAUUGUAAUGGAUAGGAAACCGUUAUUCUAUUUGUAUAGUAUUGUACUGCCUAUUCUUCUAUUAUCAGUAUUAAAUAUGGUGUGCUUCCUUGUUCCCAUUGAGUCCGGUGAGAAAAUAGACAUGACAAUGGCAAUAUUUUUAACCUUCGCCGUCUUUAUGACUUUAAUUAGUUCAACAGUUCCUAGAACUUCUGAAGAUGUGUUUAAAUUCGGAAUUUUCAUGACCAUGCAUCUUAUGAUGAGUGGCAUUACUAUACUACUAGAGGUCCUUGUAAGCCAUAUCUACUUUAAACCAAAAGGAACAAAAAUGAACAAGGUGUAUACUUGGGUAUAUAAUCAUUUUGUUUCAAAUGGCAAAAAUGACAGCGUAAAACCAAGUUCACUGCGUGUACAUGAACACGAAACGAUGAUGGAUUUUGGUUUUGAGACAGAUCCUUGGCAAAGAUUAGCUAUAGAACUGGACAAAAUGUUUGGUUAUAUUGUUACCAUCAUCAACGUCUUGUUGAUCCUUUUGUUCUUUGUAACUGUAAACAUAGAAUGAUUUUCGAACGAACAUUCAAAAUGACGUUAUUAUGUCAUAUUAUAAUGAUGCCUAUAAAAUUACAGAUUUCUAUUAUAUUACAGGACAACAGAGCAACAGCCUUUAAAAAUUAUCGUAUUUGAAAAAAAAUAUUACCAAUAUUGGAAAUAUAAUAAAGAUUAAAAUGAUUUCAUUAUUUCUUG